AUGCCUGACGCCGAAAAGACCCCGGCCACGUCGCCAGUCAAGGGCGGCGGUGCCUUUCCCGAUUCGUUCGACGAAAAUGAUCAAUACUAUAUCCCUGAUCCUCGUACCCCGGAUCCCCCUCCUCCCAGUGUGGAUUUGCGAAAAGAUCAUGCCGAUUCCGUGACGCCGAUCUACGACCAAGGCAGCACGCAGUCCUGCACCGCCAAUGCUGCCGCCGCGGCCUUUUGGUACGAAGAAAAGGCCGGCCGACACGCCGCAGACUGGGGGGAUACGGGCCCGUCACGACUCUUCAUAUACUGGCUUGCUCGUCGCGGCACCGACCCCAGCUUCGUGACUGCCGAAGACACAGGCUCCAUCAUGCGAGACGCGAUACAUGGUAUUGCAAAAUAUGGAGCGUGUCCCGAACCCGACUGGCCAUUCCCGGAUUUCAAGGCCAUCGAUGCCCAAGUCCAGAGCGAGAAGCUUGAUGAUCACACCGCCAUCAAAAAGAGGACAAAGCAACUCCGAGACGAAAACGUCAAUCGCAGGCCAACCGACGUCGCUUUCAAGAAUGCCGAGAACCACAAGAUCACCACGUAUCGCAGGCUGGAUGCCGAUCGUCCAACGGAGCAGGAUCAGAGGCUGACCGUGGACGCGAAAGAUCUGCUCGGCCAAGCUGUCCUCAGGAGGCUCAAGAUGUGUCUCUCCGAAGGCUUUCCCGUCGCCUUUUCCUUCUGGUACUAUCUGCCACCUAAGGACAUGUAUGACAAAACAGGCGACAUGUUCGUGCUGAAGGAUGUCUGGAACCAUCCCAGAGCGCCGGAAAAAGGCCUAGGCCCCAUAGCACGCCACACGCCGCCCGAAAAGCGAAACGGACACAGUGUGCUCGCCAUCGGUUACGAUGAUGACAAGCAGCAAGUGCUGGUGCAGAAUUCCUGGGGGCAGAAAUGGGGGAAAGGCAAAGGCGUCUUUCUCAUGCCUUAUGCCUGGAUCACCGACUUUGAAGCAACGAAUGACUUUUGGACCAUUCGCACUGCCGCUGGCCCAACGGCUCCAGGUUGGGAAGAGAUCAACAAGUCCAUCCUUGGAGAUUUCUUUGGAAAUCUAUUUGGAGAUGCCAAAGGUUGA